AUGUUGUCCGCUCGGCCUCAUGAGACGGGAGGAGGUGUGUGUACGGGAAACGCAGACGCAGGGUCUUUAGGACGGACUGGACGGGCACUGGAUCCUGGAUCAUUGGAGGUUCCUCUCGGAGAAGGUCAUGUGGCUCAGGUGGAAGUCUUGAAGAACAACCGGAGCAGACUGUUGUGGUGUCAUUUGGCAAGACGCGUUAUCCCAGUGAUGACGGGGGCCUUCAUGGACUCGUCUCCUAACGAUGACUACAGCGGAGAACACUCUCUGUUUAACUCUUCAGCCAACGUCCACGCAGCCGCCGCAGCGUCAGCUCAGAGCCAGCAGGAGGAGCAGCAGAGCAUGUCCUCUGACGCCAUCUGGCUGUGGAUCGCCAUCAUCGCGACCAUCGGCAACAUCGUGGUGGUGGGCGUGGUCUAUGCCUGCACCUUCUGA